AUGGCAACAAAGAAGAACUAUCUCUACUUUGGAUCAGAGAAAAUGAUCAGUCCGGUCUCGGAUGACUUUGAAUUCGACGAAUCCGACGUGUGGAACUCAGCUCAUGUUGAGCCUAAAAGGCCAUUUUUCGGUGCUAAAAAAUUCAUGACAAGGAAUGAUCAUGCUGGUGAUCAUAGAGGAGAUGUUACUUCCACGUCAGUGCCGGUGAAUGUAAUGGACUGGUCCAAAGUUCUCCGCGGUGAGUAUAAAAAUCGAAUGGGCGAGAUCGAGGAAGACGAGAAUGAGAACGAGGAUGAGAGGGUGCCACCUCAUGAGUAUUUAGCGAGGACUAGGGCUGCUUCAUGCUCUGUGCAUGAAGGUAUUGGAAGGACUCUCAAAGGGAGAGAUAUGAGAAUGGUAAGAAAUGCUGUUUGGAAACACACUGGUUUUGAAGAUUAA